GGUGGAAGAAGAAGCAGCAGCAGCGACUGUAACGGUUACUGUCAUCUCCUUCCCCCCGGCGGCGGCCUGCGACCCCCGGGAGGAGAGGGAGACCCCGGGCCGGGGCCAUGGCAGCUCACAAGCCGGUGGAGUGGGUGCAAGCCGUAGUGAACCGAUUUGACGAGCAGCUUCCAAUCAGAGCUGGCCAGCAGAAUACCCACACCAAAGUCAGCAUGGAGCACAACAAAGAGUGUCUCAUCAACAUUUCAAAAUACAAGUUUUCUCUGGUCAUAAGUGGACUUACAAACAUCCUGAAAAAUGUAAACAAUAUGAGGAUAUUUGGAGAAGCUGCUGAAAAGAAUUUGUAUUUAUCUCAGCUAAUCAUAUUGGAUACACUGGAAAAAUGUCUUGCAGGGCAACCAAAGGACUGCAUGCGUCUGGAUGAAACAAUGCUGGUAAAACAGUUGCUCCCAGAGAUAUGCCAUUUUAUUCACACUCAUCGAGAGGGCAACCAGCAUGCAGCCGAGCUCCGAAUUUCUGCAUCGGGGGUUUUGUUCUCACUCAGCUGCAAUAAUUUCAAUGCUGUAUUCAGUCGUAUUUCUACCAGGUUACAAGAACUGACAGUUUGCUCAGAGGAUAAUGCUGACGUUCACGAUAUAGAAUUGAUACAGUAUAUCAAUGUGGACUGCUCAAAACUGAAACGGCUUCUGCAAGAGACUGUUUUGAAAUUUAAAUCUUUGAAGAAGGUAGCACAGCUGGCAGUUAUAAACAGCUUGGAGAAGGCAUUUUGGAAUUGGGUUGAAAACUAUCCAGAUGAAUUUACGAAGCUGUACCAGAGACCGCAGACUGAUAUGGCAGAUUGCGCAGAAAAGUUAUUUGACCUGGUGGACAGCUUUGCUGAAAGCAACAAACGGAAAGUAGCGGUAUGGCCUUUACAGAUCAUUUUGCUGGUUCUAUGUCCGGAAAUUAUCCAGGAUAUUGCCAAGGAAAGUGUAGAAGAAAGCAAAAUGAACAAGAAAUUGUUUCUUGAAAACCUCAGAAAAGCUUUAACGGGUCAUGGAGGAGGCAAACCGCUGACUGAAAGUGCUGCAAUUGCUUGUGUGAAGUUGUGUAAAGCAUCUACAUACAUCAACUGGGAGGAUAAUUCAGUUAUAUUUCACCUCGUGCAAUCCUUUGUAAUUGACUUAAAGAAUUUACUAUUCAAUCCCAUCAAGCCUUUCUCCAGAGGUGCAGGCAGCCAGAAUGCAGAUGUUGAUUUAAUGAUUGAUUGCCUGGUUUCUUGCUUCCGAAUCAAUCCCCAAAACAACCAGCACUUCAAAAUCUGCCUGGCACAAUCUUCACCUUCAACAUUUCAUUAUGUGCUAGUAAACUCUCUGCAUAGGAUCAUUACAAAUUCUGCAUUGGAUUGGUGGCCCAAGAUCGAUGCAGUAUAUUGCUACUCAGGAGAACUCCGCAGUAUGUUUGCUGAAACACUCAAAAUGGUCAUGCAGUUGCACUCAGCAAUCCGGUUGACUCCGUGUACUGGAAUUUUUCCUCAGAGUCUUACCUUUAAAGAGAAAAUGCCAUAUCUUAAAUUUAAAGAGAAACCCACAGACCUGGAAACUAGAAGUUACAAAUAUUUGCUGCUGUCCAUGGUCAAGCUCAUUCAUGGAGACCCAAAGCUGCUGUUAUAUAACCCAGGAAAGGCAGGUCCUGAUACACAGAACAGUACAGCAGAACUAAUAAAUGGAUUAGUACAACUUGUGCCUCAGACAAACAUGCCAGAGAUCGCACAGGAAGCUAUGGAGGCUUUGUUGGUGCUACACCAGUCAGAAAGCAUUGAACUCUGGAACCCUGAUGCACCAGUUGAAACAUUUUGGGAAAUAAGCUCACAGAUGAUUUUUUACAUCUGUAAGAAGCUAAAUGGUCACCAGGUGUUAAACAGCACAGAAAUUCUUAAGUGGCUGCGAGAAAUUCUGAUUUGCAGAAACAAGUUUCUUAUUAAAAAUAAGGAGAGUGCUGCAGCUGGAAGUGGGAUCCCAAUAUGCCGUCAAGCCCAAACAAAACUAGAGGUUGCCCUUUACAUGUUUCUUUGGAGCCCUGAUGUUGAGGCUGUCCUGGUUGCAAUGUCCUGUUUCCGAAGCCUGUGUGAGGAGGCAGAAAUCCGCUGUGGAGUUGAUGAAGUAUCUGUUCACAACUUUUUGCCGAACCACAAUACCUUCAUGGAGUUUGCAUCUGUAAGCAACCUGAUGUCAAUUGGUAGAGCAGCUCUUCAGAAGCGAGUCAUGGCAUUACUGAGGAGAAUAGAGCAUCCAACUGCUGGGAACACAGAGGCUUGGGAAGAUACGCAUACAAAGUGGGAGCAAGCAACUAAGCUGAUUCUCAACUAUCCAAAGACUAAACUGGAAGAUGGUCAGGUUGCAGAAAGUCUUCAUAAGACAAUUGUAAAGAGGAGAAUGUCUCAUGUAAGUGGAGGCGGUUCUAUAGACUUAACUGAUACAGACUCACUGCAGGAAUGGAUCAACAUGACUGGGUUCCUUUCUGCUCUUGGAGGAGUUUGUCUACAGCAUCGUGGCAAUGCUGGACUUGUCACCUACAGCCCUCCAAUGGGCCCUGUUAAUGAGCGCAAAGGUUCUGUUAUAUCAAUGUUAUCGACAGAGGGGAAUACCGAAACACCUGUUAGCAAAUUUCUUGAUCGAUUACUCUCUCUAAUGGUAUGCAACAAUGAAAAAGUCGGAGUUCAGAUUCGGACAAAUAUCAAGGAUAUAGUGGGUUUAGAGCUAAGCCCAGCUCUUUAUCCAAUGCUCUUUAACAAAAUAAAGAAUAAUAUCAGCAAGUUCUUUGACUCCCAAGGACAGGUUUUGCUCACUGACACAAACACCCAGUUUGUUGAACAGACAAUAACCAUACUGAAAAAUUUACUUGAUAAUCACACAGAAGGCAGCUCAGAGCAUUUGGGUCAAGCAAGUAUAGAGACCAUGAUGCUGAAUCUAGUCCGAUAUGUCCGUGUGCUGGGCAACUUGGUGCAUGCAAUUCAAAUAAAGACCAAGCUUUGUCAGCUGGUUGAAGUGAUGAUGGAAAGACGGGAUGACCUCUCUUUCUGUCAAGAGAUGAAGUUUAGGAACAAAAUGGUUGACUAUUUAACUGACUGGGUAAUGGGGACAUCUAAUCAAGCUACGGAUGAGGAUGUGAAAUGCCUGACAAGAGAUCUGGAUCAGGCCAGCAUGGAGGCAGUAGUUUCUCUUCUUGCCGGAUUACCACUACAACCUGAAGAAGGAGAUGGGGUAGAACUAAUGGAAGCUAAAUCUCAGUUAUUCCUCAAAUAUUUCACUCUGUUUAUGAACUUGCUGAACGACUGCAGUGAGGUGGAAGAUGAUGGAACACAGACUGUUGGCAGGAAGAGAGGGAUGUCUCGGAGAUUGGCUUCCUUAAGGCACUGUACUGUUUUAGCCAUGUCUAACCUCCUCAAUGCCAAUGUGGACAGUGGCCUUAUGCAUUCCAUAGGUUUGGGUUAUCAUAAAGAUUUACAGACAAGAGCAACAUUUAUGGAAGUUCUCACCAAAAUUCUACAACAGGGAACAGAGUUUGACACGUUGGCAGAAACUGUGCUAGCAGACCGUUUUGAGCGACUGGUGGAGUUAGUCACCAUGAUGGGAGAUCAAGGAGAAUUGCCCAUUGCCAUGGCUUUGGCCAAUGUAGUGCCAUGUUCACAGUGGGAUGAGCUUGCUCGUGUCCUUGUCACGCUCUUUGAUUCCCGACAUUUACUGUAUCAGCUCCUUUGGAACAUGUUUUCUAAGGAAGUUGAGCUUGCAGACUCCAUGCAGACACUAUUUAGAGGAAACAGCUUGGCUAGUAAAAUCAUGACAUUUUGCUUUAAGGUGUAUGGUGCCACUUAUCUACAAAAACUCUUGGAACCGUUGCUAAGAACAAUCAUUACAUCUUCUGAAUGGCAACAUGUCAGUUUUGAAGUAGAUUCUACAAGGUUGGAUGGGGUUGAGAUCCUAGACGAAAACCAGCGAUGGCUUCUGCAGAUGACUGAGAUGUUCUUCCUUGAAAUUGUAAACUCCACCCAUGAGUUUCCCACACAGCUACGCAGUGUGUGUCAUUGCCUGUACCAGGCAACUUGCCACUCCCUACUGAGUAAAGCUACAGUAAAAGAAAAAAAGGAAAACAAAAAAUCAGUUGUAAGUCAAAGGUUUCCACAGAAUAGUAUUGGUGCAGUUGGAAGCGCAAUGUUCCUCAGGUUCAUCAACCCUGCCAUUGUAUCUCCAUAUGAAGCAGGGAUUCUGGAUAAGAAGCCGCCCCCACGUAUUGAACGUGGUUUGAAAUUAAUGUCAAAGAUACUCCAGAGCAUUGCUAAUCACGUCUUGUUCACUAAAGAGGAGCAUAUGCGACCUUUCAAUGAAUUUGUGAAGAGCAAUUUUGAUGCUGCACGAAGGUUUUUCUUUGAUAUCGCAAAUAACUGUCCCCCAAGUGAUACGGUUAAUCAUAGCCUGUCUUUUAUUACUGAUGGAAAUGUACUAGCCCUGCAUCGGUUACUUUGGAACAAUCAAGAGAAAAUUGGGCAGUAUCUUUCCAGUAACAGGGACCACAAAGCUGUUGGAAGGCGGCCUUUUGACAAAAUGGCAACUCUGCUUGCUUACUUGGGCCCUCCUGAACACAAACCAGUGGCUGAUACACAUUGGUCGAGUUUGAAUCUUACAAGCUCCAAGUUUGAAGAAUUCAUGACAAGGCAUCAAGUCCAUGAAAAAGAAGAAUUUAAGGCAUUAAAAACCCUAAACAUAUUUUACCAAGCGGGAACGUCAAAAGCUGGAAAUCCUGUUUUUUAUUACAUUGCAAGACGGUUCAAGACCGGUCAAAUCAAUGGAGACUUGCUGAUCUACCAUGUGUUGCUGACUCUAAAGCCAUACUAUGCCAAGCCAUAUGAGAUAGUGGUAGAUCUUACUCAUGCUGGGCCCAGCAAUCGUUUCAAGACAGAUUUCCUUUCCAAGUGGUUUGUAGUUUUCCCUGGCUUUGCUUAUGAAAAUGUUACAGCAGUUUAUAUCUACAACUGCAACUGCUGGGUAAGGGAAUACACUAAAUACCAUGAAAGGUUGCUAACUGGUCUAAAAGGCAGCAAAAGACUCCUUUUCAUUGACCCAUCAGGACGAUUGGCUGAGUACAUAGAACAUGACCAGCAAAAGCUCCCAGCUGCCACCCUGGCAUUGGAAGAGGACUUGAAGAUGUUCCACAAUGCACUCAAACUAGCCCAUAAAGAUACAAAGGUUUCUAUAAAAGUUGGUUCUACCUCUGUUCAAGUGACAUCAGCAGAAAGGACACGUGUUCUAGGUCAGUCGGUCUUUCUGAAUGACGUUUACUACGCAUCAGAGAUUGAGGAAAUCUGUUUGGUUGAUGAAAACCAGUUCACAAUAACCAUCGCCAACCAAGGAACCCCUCUCACUUUCAUGCACCAGGAGUGUGAAGCCAUUGUCCAAUCCAUUAUUCACAUACGGACUCGAUGGGAACUGUCACAACCAGAUUCCAUUCCCCAACACACUAAAAUCCGUCCAAAGGAUGUACCCGGAACACUACUUAACAUCGCUUUGCUCAACCUGGGAAGUUCAGAUCCAAGUCUACGGUCUGCUGCCUAUAACCUUCUGUGUGCCUUAACAUGUACCUUUAAUUUAAAGAUUGAAGGGCAGUUACUGGAGACUUCGGGUCUGUGUAUCCCUGCCAACAAUACACUUUUCAUAGUCUCCAUUAGCAAGACUUUGGCAGCUAAUGAACCACACCUCACUCUUGAGUUUUUGGAAGAAUGCAUUUCAGGCUUCAGUAAAUCCAGUAUUGAAUUGAAGCAUCUGUGUCUGGAAUAUAUGACACCUUGGUUACUAAAUCUUGUUCGCUUUUGUAAGCUCACUGAUGACGCAAAAAGGCAGCGUGUUAGUGCUAUUCUAGACAAGCUCAUAACCAUGACAAUAAAUGAGAAGCAGAUGUAUCCUUCUAUACAAGCUAAAAUAUGGGGCAGUCUUGGACAGAUCACAGAUCUCCUGGAUGUUGUAUUGGACAGUUUCAUUAAAACCAGUGCAACUGGUGGUUUAGGAUCCAUUAAGGCAGAAGUUAUGGCAGAUACCGCAGUAGCCUUGGCAUCAGGCAAUGUCAAGCUUGUUUCAAGCAAGGUUAUUGGGCGAAUGUGCAAAAUAAUAGACAAAACCUGCCUUUCUCCUACGCCUACCUUGGAGCAGCACCUCAUGUGGGAUGAUAUUGCUAUUCUUGCCCGUUACAUGCUGAUGCUGUCUUUCAACAAUUCCCUGGAUGUGGCUGCCCAUCUUCCCUACCUCUUCCAUGUUGUCACCUUAUUAGUGGCGACAGGUCCUCUGUCUCUUCGAGCUUCCACCCAUGGUCUUGUCAUUAAUAUUAUUCACUCUCUGUGUACCUGCUCACAGUUGAAUUUCAGUGAGGAGACCAAGCAAGUUUUGCGUCUUAGUCUGACAGAAUUUUCUCUGCCUAAGUUUUACCUACUGUUUGGUAUCAGCAAGGUGAAGUCUGCAGCUGUUAUAGCAUUCCGGUCCAGUUAUCGGGAUCGCUCCUUCUCACCGGGUUCCUAUGAGAGGGAAACAUUUGCUCUGACCUCAUUGGAAACUGUAACAGAAGCCCUCUUAGAGAUCAUGGAGGCUUGCAUGAGAGAUAUUCCAAACUGCAAGUGGCUUGACCAGUGGACUGAACUAGCCCAAAAGUUUGCAUUCCAGUACAACCCUUCCCUUCAGCCACGAGCUCUUGUUGUUUUUGGCUGUAUCAGCAAACGUGUUUCUCACGGACAGAUAAAGCAGAUCAUACGAAUCCUCAGCAAGGGACUGGAGAGCUGCUUGAAAGGCCCUGAUAAUUACAACAGCCAAGUUUUAAUAGAAGCCACUGUGAUAGCACUAACCAAACUGCAGCCUCUUCUGAAUAAGGAAUCCCCUAUGCACAAAGCUCUUUUUUGGGUGGCUAUGUCAGUAUUACAGCUAGAUGAAGUUAGUCUGUAUUCAGCAGGUACAGCUCUCCUGGAACAAAAUCUGCACACACUAGAUAGCCUUCGCGUGUUCAAUGACAAGAGCCCUGAAGAAGUGUUCAUGGAAAUCAGAAAUCCUUUGGAGGAAUGGCACUGUAAACAAAUGGACCACUUUGUUGGACUCAAUUUCAACUCUAACUUCAACUUUGCACUAGUUGGACACUUGCUGAAAGGUUAUAGACACCCGUCUCCUACUACAGUGGCGAGGACAAUUCGCAUCCUUCACACUCUGUUAGCACUAGUACACAAACAUAGGAACUGUGAUAAAUUUGAAGUAAACAAUCAAAGUGUUGCUUACUUGGCAGCUUUACUCACUGUGUCAGAAGAAGUGAGGAGCCGCUGCAGCUUAAAACAUAGAAAAUCCCUUUUGCUAACAGAUGUUUCAAUGGAGAAUGUAUCUAUGGACACAUAUCCCAUGCACCACAGUGACCCUACAUGCAGGACGUUAAAGGAGAAUCAGCCAUGGUCAUCUCCAAAAGUAUCUGGGAUGCAUCUGGCUGCAAGUUACCCAACAGUGGGGCAAGUUAGCCCAAGAACCAGGAAAUCAAUGAGUCUGGACAUGGGUCAACCAUCACAAGCAAACACUAAAAAGCUGCUAGGUACUAGGAAAAGCUUCGACCAUUUAUUAUCUGACAAUAAGGCUCCUAAAAGACAAGAGGUGGAGUCCGGCAUCACUACACCACCUAAGAUGAGAAGAGUUUCAGAGAAUGAUUAUGACAUCGAUACGCCAAGAAUAUCAUCGCCUCAGCAGCACCCUCACUUGCGUAAAGUAUCCGUGUCAGAGUCCAAUGUACUUCUGGAUGAGGAAGUCCUCACUGAUCCAAAAACCCAAGCACUGCUGCUCACUGUCCUGGCUACACUGGUAAAGUACACUACAGACGAGUUUGAUCAGCGUAUCCUGUACGAGUAUUUAGCAGAGGCUAGCGUGGUCUUUCCUAAAGUAUUUCCUGUGGUACAUAAUUUACUGGACUCCAAGAUCAACACACUUUUAUCGCUGUGUCAAGAUCCAAAUUUGUUGAAUCCAAUUCAUGGGAUUGUGCAAAGUGUGGUUUAUCAUGAAGAAUCUCCCCCUCAGUACCAGCCUUCAUACCUGCAGAGUUUUGGUUUUAAUGGUUUGUGGAGGUUUGCUGGACCAUUCUCCAAGCAAACACAAAUCCCAGAUUACGCAGAGCUGAUAGUGAAGUUUCUGGAUGCUUUGAUAGAUAAAUACUUGCCGGUGAUUGAUGAAGAAGCCAGUGAGGAAUCUUUACUGACGCCUACAUCCCCAUAUCCUCCCGCUGUGCAGAGCCAAUUGAGUAUUACUGCUAAUCUUAACCUUUCCAAUUCAAUGACUUCCCUUGCUACUUCCCAGCAUUCCCCAGCUUCUCUGCCUUGCUCUAAAUCAGCAGUUUUCAUGCAGCCACUCGCUCAUCCAGGUAUUGACAAGGAAAAUGUGGAAUUGUCUCCCACAACCGGGCACUCAAACAGUGGUAGAACGCGUCACGGUUCAGCAAGCCAAGUGCAAAAGCAGAGAAGUGCUGGCAGCUUCAAACGUCACAGCAUUAAAAAGAUUGUGUGAAUUUUUUUUUAUUAUCCUUUUUAUUUAUUUUACAGCUCCUUUUCUAAAACUGACUUACCUAAGCGGGUGGCUCUCCAGUGGCCUCACGCACAUUAUGAUGCUGCACUUAAUUUUUUUAACGUUCCCAUGCAGUCAGCCAUGUUGCCAGAAGAUCAACGCUUUGAGAGCAUUGCUUGAACUCAACACCAUUUGGUUUCCUUGGCUUUUUUUGUUUUUGUUUUUUUUCCUAUUUGUGUGAAGGGAACCAUGGUCACAAGCAGAUCAUCAAUUUGUGAAUUCCGAAUGAAAGAUUUUGUAGAAUUGAGGUGGGCCCUGCCUUUACUGCAUUCUGUCUGAACAUUAGUGGCGUUUUAAUUAUUAAUUUUGUAUUUUUGCCUUGUUUAGUUUGUUUUGGGAG